ACGCGCUCACUUCCCGUCUCCUGACGGGUCUGUCGCCUAGAAGACGCGCAGUAACUUUUAGCUUUUUGUCUUCCCGCCAACGAUUCCGCUCCCUUGCCCCGCCCCGCCCCGCCUGAUUGGCCGAGGGUGGAGGGGGCGGGGCUGGGGUUCCCCGGAGGCUCGUGGCAAAAUCGCAGGCUGGGCCAGCUGGGCGCAGCGGGAGGGGUGGGUCCCGCGUGCGCCCGAGGACCCGGUUGGACUGCUUGGGCCGAUUCAGGAUGGGGACGCGCCGGGCGACCCUUCGCCGCGCCGCGGAGUUCCUCGUACUACUCCUCAGGUGCUUCGGACUGGCGGAGCCCUCUGGCCACGCAGGCAAUGAUCCAUUCACCAUUGUCAAUGAAAACCUGGGCAAGUGCAUCAAGCCACUAAAUGACUGGAUAGUAGCAACGGACUGUGAUAGAAGCAGGGACAUGUUAUGGAAGUGGGUGUCCCAGCAUCGGCUCUUUCAUUUGCAGUCCCAGAAGUGCCUUGGACUAGAUAUUACUAAGCCCACAGAUUCCCCGAGAAUGUUCAGCUGUGACUCCAGUGCCAUGCUGUGGUGGAAAUGUGAGCACUACUCUUUAUACGGAGCUGCCCAGUACAGAUUGGCUCUGAAGAAUGGACAUGCUAUAGCAAGUACAAAUUCAUCUGAUGUCUGGAAGAAAGGAGGCACGGAGGGAAACCUCUGUGACCAGCCUUACCAUGAGAUAUAUACCAGAGAUGGGAACUCCUUUGGAAGACCUUGUGAAUUUCCAUUCUUAGUUAAUGGGACCUGGCAUCAUGAGUGCAUUCUUGAUGAAGAUCAUAGAGGGCCAUGGUGUGCAACCACCUUAAAUUAUGAAUAUGAUCAGAAAUGGGGCAUCUGCUUGAUACCAGAAAAUGGCUGUGAAGAUAACUGGGAAAAGAAUGAGCAGAUUGGAAGUUGCUACCAAUUUAAUACUCUGGCAUCUCUUUCUUGGAAGGAGGCUUAUGUUUCAUGUCAGAAUCAAGGAGCCGACUUACUGAGCAUCAGCAAUACUGAUGAAUUAACUUAUCUUAAAGAAAAAGAAGGCAUUCCAAGAAUUUUCUGGAUUGGCUUAAAUCAACUAUACUCUGCCAGAGGCUGGGAAUGGUCAGAUCACAAGCCAUUAAAUUUUCUCAACUGGGACCCAGAUAUGCCUAGUGCACCUAUGAUAAUAGGUGGAUCAAGCUGUGCAAGAAUGGAUGCCAGGUCUGGUCUAUGGCAGAGUUUUUCCUGUGAAGCUCAACUGCCCUAUGUCUGCAAGAAACCAUUAAAUAACACAGUGGAGUUCACAGAUAUUUGGACAUAUUCAGAUACACACUGUGAUGCAGGCUGGAUGUCAAAUAAUGGGUUUUGCUAUCUGCUGGUAAAUGAAAGUGGUUCCUGGGAUAAGGCACAUAUGAAAUGCAAAGGCUUAAGCAGUGACCUCAUCAGCAUUCAUUCGUUAGCAGAUGUGGAGGUGGUUGUCACAAAACUCCAUAAUGGGGAUGCCAAAGAAGAAAUAUGGACAGGUCUUAAGAACAAAAAUACACCCACUUUAUUUCAGUGGUCAGAUGAUACUGAAGUUACUUUAACAUAUUGGAAUAAGAAUGAGCCAAAUGUUCCCUACAAUAAGACUCCCAACUGCGUUUCCUAUUUAGGAAAGCUAGGUCAGUGGAAAGUCCAAUCAUGUGAAGAGAAACUUAAAUAUGUAUGUAAGAAAAAGGGAGAAAAAAUGAAUGAUACAACAUCUGAUAAGAUGUGUCCUCCCGAUGAGGGCUGGAAAAGACAUGGAGAAACCUGUUAUAAGAUUUACAAGGAUGAGGUCCCUUUUGGAACCAAGUGCAAUCUGACUAUAACAAGCAGAUUUGAGCAAGAAUACCUGAAUGAUAUGAUUAAAAAGUAUACUAAAUCUCCAGGAAAAUACUUCUGGACUGGCCUGAGAGAUAUAGAUUCACAUGGAGAGUAUAGCUGGACAGGUGUUGGAGUAAAGCAAGCUGUAACCUUUUCCAACUGGAAUUUUCUUGAACCAGCUUCUCCAGGUGGGUGUGUGGCUAUGGCUACUGAAAAGUCUCUUGGAAAGUGGGAGGUAAAAGACUGCAAAAAAUUCAGAGCACUUUCAAUUUGCAAGAAAAUAAGUGAGUCCAUUGAGCCUGAAGAGGUAGCUCCCAAGCCUGAAGACCCCUGUCCUGAAGGCUGGCAUAGUCUCCCUUCCAGUCUUUCUUGUUAUAAGCUGUUUCAUAUAGAAAGAAUUGUAAGAAAAAGGAACUGGGAGGAAGCAGAGAGAUUCUGCCAAGCUCUUGGAGGACACCUUCCUAGCUUCAGUCAUAUGGAUGAAAUAAAGGAAUUUCUUCACUUUUUAAUGGACCAGUUCAGUAACCACCGUUGGCUGUGGAUAGGUUUGAAUAAAAGGAGCCCAGAUUUACAAGGAUCCUGGGAGUGGAGUGAUCGUACACCAGUGUCUACUAUCAUCAUGGAAAAUGAGUUUCAGCAGGAUUAUGAUAUCAGAGACUGUGCUGCUGUCAAGGCCAUUCACAGGCCAGGGCGAAGAAGCUGGUAUUUUUAUGAUGACAGAGAAUUUAUUCACUUAAGACCUUUUGCUUGUGAUACAAAACUUGAAUGGAUAUGCCAGAUUCCAAAAGGCUUUACUCCAAAAACACCAGACUGGUACAAUCCAGAGCGUGCUGGAAUUCAUGGACCUCCCGUUGUAAUUGAAGGGAGUGAAUAUUGGUUUGUUGCUGACCCUCACUUAAACUAUGAAGAAGCUGUCCUGUACUGCGCUAGCAAUCACAGCUCCUUGGCUACACUGACAUCUUUUGCAGGACUAAAAGCCAUCAAAAACAAAAUAGCAAAUAUAUCUGGUGAUGAACAGAAGUGGUGGGUGAGAACUUCUGAGCAGCCCUUAGAUCGUCACUUUAUGAACUCACGCUAUCUAUGGCAUCACUUUCCUAUAACAUUUCGGGAGGAAUGCUUGUACAUGUCUGCUAAGACUUGGUUUAGCGACUUAAAUAAGCCAGCAGACUGUAGUACCAAGUUGCCCUUCAUCUGUGAAAAAUAUAAUGUCUCUUCGUUAGAAAAAUAUAGUCCAGGUUCUGCAGCUAAAGUACAGUGCUCUGGGGAUUGGAUUGCUUUUCAGAAUAAGUGUUUUCUCAAAAUCAAACCCAAGUCUCUCACAUUUUCUCAAGCAAGUGAUACUUGUCACACCUAUGGUGGCACACUGCCUUCAGUGUUGAGCCAGAGAGAACAAGAUUUUAUUACAUCCCUGCUUCCGGGUAUGGAGGCUACUUUAUGGAUUGGCUUGCGCUGGACUGCCUACGAAAGGAUAAACAAGUGGACAGAUAACAAGGAGCUGACAUACAGUAACUUUCACCCAUUACUGGUUGGUUGGAAGCUGAAAAUACCAACAAAUAUUUUUGAGGAAGAGUCCCAAUACCACUGUGCUCUAAUGCUCAACCUCCAAAAGUCACCUUAUACUGGAACAUGGAAUUUUACUUCCUGCAGUGAAUACCACACUCUGUUUCUCUGUCAGAAAUAUUCAGAAAUUGAAAGCAGACAGACCUUGCAGAAUACUUCAGACACGAUAAAGUAUCUAAAUAAUUUGUACAAAAUAAUCCCGAAGAGUCUGACUUGGUUUGAUGCUCUGAAGGAGUGUCAGAAAGAUAACAUGCACCUGGUGAGCAUCACGGACCCUUACCAGCAGGCAUUCCUAACUGUGCAGACGGUCCUUCAUAACUCUUCUUUAUGGAUUGGACUCUCCAGUCGAGACGAUGAGCUCAACUAUGGUUGGUCAGAUGGGAAACAUCUUCAAUUUAGUCGCUGGAUUGAAAACAAUAAGCAACUUGAAGACUGUGUAAUAUUAGACACUGAUGGAUUCUGGAAAACAUCUGAUUGUGAACAUAAGCAACCAGGUGCUAUUUGCUACUAUCCAGGAAAUGAGACUGAAAAAGAGAUCAAGCUGGUUGACAGUGUUCAGUGUCCAUCUCCUGUUCUAUCAACUCCGUGGAUACCAUUUCAAAACUGUUGCUACAAUUUCAUGAUAGGAAAGACUAAAUAUCGGGUGGUAACACCAGAUGAAGCUCAUUCUGCAUGCCAGAAUCUGAAUCCAAAAUCACACGUUCUGAGUAUUCGAAAUGAAAAAGAGAAUAACUUCGUUCUUGAGCAACUUCUGCACUUGAAUAAUAUGGCUUCAUGGGUCACAUUAGGUAUAACUUAUGAAAAUAAUUCUCUGCUGUGGUCUGAUAAGACCAGGCUGUCAUACACAAACUGGAGAGAAGGAAGACCAGAUAUAAAAAAUGGCAAUUUUUUUGCUGGCUUGAGUACUGAUGGCUUUUGGGAUAUUCAGACCUUCAAUGUUAUUCAAGAAAUAAUUCAGUAUAACCAGAACAGCAUUCUUGCUUGUAAAAUUGAAAUGGUUGACUACAAGGAAGAAUAUAAUGCUACUCUGCCACAAUUUAUUCCAUAUGAAGAUGGUAUUUAUAAUGUUAUUCAAAAGAAGGUAACAUGGUAUGAAGCGUUGAACAUGUGUUCUCAAACUGGAGGUUAUUUGGCAAGUGUUCAUGACAAAAAUGGCCAAUUCUUUCUGGAAGAUAUCGUAAAACGUGACGGAUUUCCACUGUGGGUUGGGCUCUCAAGUCAUGACGGCAGUGAAUCAAGUUUUGAAUGGUCUGAUGGCAGUACAUUUGACUACAUCCCAUGGAAAGAUAAAAAAUCUGCUGGAAAUUGUGUUUUCUUGGAUCCAAAAGGAAUUUGGACACAUGAAACAUGCAAGUCUGUUAGGGAUGGUGCUAUUUGUUAUAAACCUACAAAAUCUAAAGAGGUGUCUUCUCAUACAUACUCAUCAAGAUGUCCAGCAGCGAAAGGGAACGAGUCACAAUGGAUCCAAUAUAGAGACCACUGUUAUGCAUCCAACCAGGCAUUGCGCAGUUUCUCAGAAGCCGAACAGUUUUGUUCAAAACUUGAUCAUUCUGCAACUAUUGUUACCAUAGAGGAUGAAGAUGAGAAUAAAUUUGUGAGCAGACUGAUGAGGGAAAAUAAUAAUAUUACUAUGAGAGUUUGGCUCGGAUUAUCUCAACAUUCUACUGCUCAGUCUUGGAAUUGGUUGGAUGGAUCAAAAGUGACAUUUGUCAAAUGGUCAAAUAAAACUAAGAGUGGUGGUGGCAAAUGUAGCAUUUUGUUAGCUUCAAAUGAAACUUGGAUAAAAGUUGACUGUUCACAUGGUUACGGAAGAGUUGUCUGCAGAGCUCCUCUGGGCUCUGAUUACAGAGGAAUAGUUAUCACAUUUGCUGUGCUAAGUAUCCUAGCUCUCAUCAGUGCACUGAUUUGGUUCCUCUUCCAAAGGAACCGUUUGCCCUGGGCAGGCUUCUCUUCAGUUCGAUAUGAACAAGGAAUGAAUGAAGAUGAGAUUAUGCUUCCCACUUUCCAUGACUAAAUCCUUCUAAAAGUUUGUUAAUUUGCACUAAUGUGUUAGGGAAAAUGAGCCUUUUCAGAUUUUCCCAGUGUCAGUAUUUACUCUGUUCUAAAGUAGAAGUCAAUAGUACUUUUUCAGUUGUUUAAUUGCAAUGCUAGUAUCUAUCCACAAGAUGCCAUGUUUAAAACUUUACUUAAUAGAAUGGAGAAGAACCAAAGCUGGGACUAAAGUCCAAGUUAUUUGUAGGGUAAUAAAUUUAAUGUGCAUUUUUUCUGUAAUAAUGUAGUUAGUAAGUAAGAUAUGCAUAUUUUAAUGGCAUUUUAACUUAAAAUUGGCAUGUUACUAAGUCACAAGUCUACCUUUUAGCUUUUAAGAAUAUCUAGCAUAGGGGUGCCUGGCUGGCUCAGUCAGUAGAGCAUGCAACUCUUGAUCUUGGGGUUUUGAGUUCAAGCCCCACAUUGAGUAUGGACUCUACUUAAAAAAAAAAAAAUCUAGCCUAAUGCAAAAUUUGUAACUCAAGGUAAAAACAUAACUGUAAAUAAUAUCAACAUUGUUUUAAAAUAGUCAUUUGUAGCACUUAGGAGAAAUUAUUAAUAAGAUACGCUUACUUUUUUAUACAGCAAAAUAAUGCUCUCGGCAAGAUGCUUCUUAUACUAUUCCAAACAUAUUUCAUACUAACAUUGUUUAAAUGCAAAUAUUUUGUUUUGCCAUAGCUAUUCAUAACAUGAUGGCUUUUAAAGAAGAUUUCGUACUUACCAUUUUUCUAAAGUAUAUGGGAACAUUGUUUUUAGAUUGAUUUAGGCAUACUGUAGCGGUGUGGUUUAACUCUUCUUAAGGGAAUCAGCUAAGGAUACAAGUUCUUGAAAAAUUUGCAGUUUUUAUGCUUUACAUGACAUGUCAAAUUUUUACUAAGAAGUUUUUGUUAUUUUGAUGCCUUUUUCUGGGAGCUAAAGAGAAAAGAGGUCUAUGUAUAUGAGAACUUGUAUAUCUUGCAUUUGUAAAACAAUUUUAUAAUGAAACUCUAAACUUUGUGAUUACUACUAAAAUAUUUUAAAUGAUGAAUAAUUAAGGAAACACUGUUUUAUGGUUAUCACUUUAAAUUUACCACCUAGAAUAUAUUUUUAAUAGUAGUUUCCACUGAACUUGGUAUUCACCAUUUUUUAUUCAGUGUUUAUACUUAUACUUUAGAAUAUUUUUGUAUAAUAUCCAGAGAUUUAUUUUAAAAUUUAGAGUGUUUAUAUUAUGAUAAACUUUAAAUAAUUUUCAAAGACAGUUUCAGUAUAGUCUAAAGUAUAGUGCAGUUGUGCUGAAAUAUCUUUUACUGAAUUUGUUAGACUAGGUCCUCUUGCCCUGUCAUCUGUGCAAUUUUAGUUGUUAAAGACUUUCUUCAAAGAACUAAACCAACUUGAUGUGAAAAUACAGCUAUAUAUAGUAGUGAUGCUAUAAUAAAGUUGUUUCAUUUUUUUGGUAAAAGUGUUUUUGAUCUUUGUUGAAAAAAUAUAUCUCAAAAAAAUACCUCUAGAUUGAGUUUUAUUAUGUAAGACAUAUAGUAUAAGAAAAAGUAAAGUGUGCAGCUGUUGUAAUGUGAGGUAUCCUUAAGAUUCUGUGUACAUUUUUUAAAGAAUAAACAUCAUCUUACAUCUCUGAA